AUGGACAGCAUCGAUUGCCGACAUUUUCGAACUGCGCCUGGUCACUCCUGUUCGAACGGAGCGGCAGAGAAUUUAAUCAAAACUGUCACGAGUGCAAUUGCGUCUGCCAAGCCUAAAACGCUACAUGAGUUGGAAACGUUGAUGGAUAACUUCCUACUUCAAUACCAAAACGCAACACAUACAACCACCAAAGAAAGCCCGGCAAAGCUUUUUGAAUCCAGACAUUUGCGAUCCUCCCUACAGUGCCACGACUCCAGUGACGUCGUACACUUUCGUGGUAAUGAUUUGCGACCCGCGUCUGGUACAGUCACACGACAAAUGGGUCAAGUCAUGUUGGAAAUUACCGACUUCCAUGAUGCUACUGUGCACAAGCGACACGAGGACCAAAUUCACUUAAAAUUAUCCACGGACCAGCGGCAUCAAGAGACAAGCGAGGAAGACAGUCAGUUGCAUACCCCAUUAACACAACCGAAGGAGCCGCAUCAGUCAGAUGUGCAAAAUUAA